CUGCCCCUUCGCUGCAUGUUGGCUUCGAGACAGCUGCCAACGGCGAAUGGGCUGGUUGACCAGGAUACUCGUUUGAGCCGGCAUCAUAUCGUACAUGAACCGCGCUGCUGUGUUUAAAAGCCGUGGCCCCUCACAACGCGUACAACCCUCACACUCCGCCAUGGCACGGGCUGGCGGCGGCGAGGCGGCCGACGCGCUCAUCGCCGAGAUCAACGCCAUCCUCCGCGGCAGCGUGUGGGCAGGCGUCCCGGGCCUGACCGCCGCCGUGCACUCCUCCCGCAAGCAGAAGACGUGGAGCUUCUCCAGCGGCGUCUCCGACAGGCGCACCCUGGAGCCCAUCGAAGCGGCGGCGCACCACUUCGGCAUCGGCAGCAUCACAAAGGUCUUUGUCGCCGUCGUCGUGCUGCAGCUCAUCGAGGAGGGCAAGCUCUGUCUCGAAGACACGAUCGGCGGGCUCCUCGCCCCGGACGUGUAUCGCGACAUCCCCGACGCCAGGGACGCGACCGUGGCGCGGCUCCUGAGCCACGAGGCGGGCAUCGACUCCUGGGAGGACGACCGGCACUGGAUCCGCAACGCCCGCGGCUGCGAGACGGACCCCUCUCACAUCUGGACCAGGACGGAGCCGCUCGACUACAUCCGUCGGCCCAAGAAGACAGCCCCCGAACCCGGCAAGUGGUACUACUCCAACUCCAACUACACGUUCCUCGGCCUCAUCAUCGAAAAAGUCGCGCAGAGCUCCGCCGAGGUUGAGAUCCGGCGACGCAUCCUCACUCCGCUGGACAUGAAGCAGACCUACAUGGAGGGCUUCGAGCGUCCGGCCGACGACGGCUGUACCCCCCGGCGCUACCACUGGGCCACCGACGCGUUCCGGCGCGAUGCGGGGGUGAGCCCCUCGUUCCCGUCGGUCAACGAGGACCUCAUCGACUGCACGGCCUCGAACCUGUCCACUGAGUGGACCGCCGGCGGCAUCGUCUCCUCGGCAGGCGACCUGGUCACAUUCGCCGCCGCGCUGCGCGACGGCAAGCUCCUCUCCGCCGAGUCCCUCGCCGCCAUGACGGAGUGGCGGCCCGCGAGCAACGGUGAGGAGAUGGGCCGCGGGCUGUUCCGCAUGACGCGUCCCGGAGAUGGGCGGCGGUGGCUGGGGCACUUUGGCGGCGUGCUGGGCUUCACCGCGGCGCUUUGGUGGGAGGAGGGCGAGGGUCGCGACUGCGCCGUCGCGGUGCUAUCCAACGUGGGGACCAUGCAUGCGGGCAUGGUGCCGUCGAGCGGGGGUCACGUUGUGGUCAAGUCGGAGUUGUUGGAGCUGGCUUCCCGGUUGGCUCGCUGUGCUGAUGAGGAGAAGAAGUAGGGGUGCGUUGGAUACGGAGAUCAUGACCUGUCGCUUGUUCAUUGAGGGGCUCAGGAUACUGGAGCGCGCGAGAGGGAUGACAUAGGAUCCUGGGGAAAUCUUGGGUCAAUAUUGAUGGCGUCGGCGACGGCCCAGGGACAUUGCAUUGAGCCGCGAUUGAUACUCCUCUAUUAUUGCGAAGAUAUCAUGACUGGUGCAAUGUCCCAACAAAAUAGCAC